UUGGACUUCGUCACCGGAAGUGCGCCGUUAGCUGCUUUAAGCAAUUUUAUUUUUAAGACCUUUUCUGUACAAAUAAAAUUAAAUACGUUAAAGGUGGCACUCCAUUAAGAAUAGUUAUUAACUUGUCUAGAAGCGUAGAGGAGGAAAGCGAGCGACAGGGGUUGGCACCGUGUCUCUCCGAGAGUUUUGGGUGAAAAUCGGGUGACUCUGACACCCCCGGCGCCAUGCCUGCCCUCCUGGAACGCCCGAAGCUGUCCAAUGCCAUGGCGCGGGCACUGCACCGCCACAUCAUGAGGGAGAGGGAACGCAAGAGACAGGAGGAGGAAGAGGUGGACAAGAUGAUGGAGCAGAAGAUGAAGGAGGAGCAGGAGAGGAAGAGGAAGAAGGAGAUGGAGGAGAGGAUGUCCCUGGAAGAGACCAAGGAACAGAUCAUGAAAAUGGAGGAGAAACUUCAAGGCCUUCAGGAGGAGAAACACCAGCUCUUCCUACAGCUGAAGAAAGUUUUGCAUGAGGAGGAGAAGAGGCGAAGAAAAGAACAGAGUGACAUGACCACUUUGACCUCCGCCGCCUAUCAGCCCGGUUUAGCGAUCCACUCUGGACAGCACCUCCUCAGCAUGCAGGGGAGUCCAGUCAGUCACGGCCGUCCUGGUACUCUGUUGACUGAGCGCAGUAAGCAGCUGUUUCAGAGUCCGGUCAUGCCAGGACGUCACUUCCAGACGCAGACCGGUUUCUCUGCCGGGAGCUCGGAGCACGCCCAGUACCAAACCAGCCAAUCGGCGCACGGCCCCUACAGCGUCACCCAGUCUCAGCACACUUCCCACUAUGCCCCUGGACAGCCUGUGCCAGUCAGCUACACUGGAAGCCCACAACUGAGAGGUCCGUCAGCUUUCCAGGCCAUGCAGUACCUCCCUCACCAGCAGCAGAACUACACGGUUCACAGCCACUUCACCUCCCAGCCAGGUUUUAUACCAAAUGCAGGAAUCCCCCUCCAGAAGCAGUUGGAACAUGCCAACCAGCAGUCGGGGUUCACUGACUCGACCACCCUGCGACCAAUGCACCCCCAGGCCCUGCACCCAAACACCGGACUCCUGCCCACCCCCUCCAUCACUGUGCAGAUCCCCUCUGCGGGCAAGUCUGGAUUGUCCUAUCCACACCCUCCUCGCCCAGCUUCUCCUGGGAGUUUCAGCCAUGGGACGCCCCCCCAGCAAGCGCAUGCGGCCAGCUUUCAGAGCUCCAGUCAGUCUGCGCCCCGCCACGCCUAUCUCUCCCACAACCAACCAGGGCAGCGCUACUAUCCCCAUAGCAAGUAGCCAUGACAGCCAGCCAGGGCAGUGCUACCGUCCCCAUAGCAACUUUCCAUGGCAGCACAGAGCAGGUGUGUGUGUUUGUGAGGUGGGGGUCCUCACAGUCUGCCACUGCCUGAUCUGUUGCACUUUUCUUUGGGAAGCAUGCCGGGUGCGUGUGGGUUUUAGGGCUGCAACAAAACGGUAUAUCAUGGUCUUUGGAACCUGUUGGAGCAAGGCAUCAGAAUUUCUUUAGCAUGUCAUGCAUAUGAACAGUGACGCUUCACAUGUUAAAACUUACAAAACCCUUUAAAAUGUUCAAAUCUUCAGAAUAUAAGCCCGAUCAGGAGAGGGGGUGGGGUAGGUAACACUUUAAUCCUCGUUCUCACAAGAUGGGGUCAUUUUAUACCAGAAAUAUUUAACAUUGUUUCAUUUGUGACCUUCAGUAAUUGUGUAAGACACAGCUACAGACAUAUAGUCUGAAGCAAACUCAGAAGGGUGUUCACCCAGAAAGCGCUCCAGGCUACACUGAGGUUAUGCCUUGUGCAGGUUAGGCAGUAUUGGCCCUUGUGAGCAUGAGGUUUAAACAAGAAUAGUGCACAAAUAGCCCUGAUGUCACCCCAGUAGAGAGCAAGUCAUUGUUUAGGUCUGAGACAGCUGAAAGAGCCAGCACUUCUUUCACAGUUUCAUUCUUGUGAAAUUGAUUCUCUUCUGUUUGUAACUGCAAUGAAAUUUAUAAAAUGCUCAUGUUGAUAACAUAAUAAACUAUUAACAAAAUGCAAAA